CUCCACUUGCUCGGUGGCCACCUCCGCUGCCAGCUGCAGCUCGAUGUGCCCCGGGCCCGCGCCAGCCCCAUCCUCGCCCGCUUCCCCAUCCUGCUGCGGCAAGUGGCCGCCGCCAGCCACCUCAGAUCCACCAUCCUGCAGGAGAGCAAGUCCCUGCUGAAGAGCCAGACGGUGUCGGACCAGGCGGUAGCAGAAGCCCUGUGUGCCAUCAUGCUGCUGGAGGACAGCUCUCCACGCCAGGCACUUGCUGACUUUCUUCUGGCCAGGAAAUUGGCCAUUCAGCAGCUCCUCAACCAGCCACACCACGGUGCAGGGAUAAAGGCUCAGGUGUGUUCCCUGAUGGAGCUGCUAACCACUACCCUGUACCAGGCUCAUGCUCUCUUCUACACCCUGCCCGAAGGGAUGGUGCCGGAUCCUGCUCUGCCCUGCGGCUUGCUCUUCUCCACCCUGGAGAGCACCACAGCCCCGCACCCAGCAGGGAGAGGUGGGGUUUUAGAGGAGGAGGUGAAGCUGAGCAGCUGGUUCAGGUACCUCCCGGAGUCUGUGGUGGAGUUCCAGCCGGCCCUGCGGACGCUGGCACACCCCAUCAGCCAGGACUACCUCAGAGACACGCUGCAGAAGUGGAUCGCCAUGUGCAGUGACGACAUCAGGGCUGGGGUCAGCAACCUGCUGGUCUACGUGAAGAGCAUGAAAGGCCUCGCAGGGAUUCGCGACGCGGUGUGGGAGCUGCUCACCAGUGAGUCCAUAAGCCAGAACUGGGAAGCGGUGUGCCGCCGUCUUUUGGACAAGCCCGCUUCCUUCUGGGAGGACCUGCUGCAGCAGCUCUUCCUGGACAGGCUAGAGACACUGACCAAGGAAGGGUUUGACUCUAUCUCAAGCAGCUCCAAACAGCUUCUCACCUUAGCCUUGCAAGAACUCGAAGUCAAAUCCAGCAACUCUACCCUCAGCAAGCACAUCCAGUUUGAACACAACGUGGCCCAGUUCCUGUGGUCGGAGAGCUCCGGUGACCUGCCUUCCGACGCCGCCUGGGUCAACGUGGCAAACCGUGGCCAGUUGGCUAAGAGCGGCCUGUCCAUGAAGGCCCAGGCGCUGACGCCGUGCGUGCAGAGCUUCUGCUCGGCUCUGGACUCCAAGCUGAAGGCCAGGUUGGACGAUCUCCUCUCCUACCUCCCCACAGACUCCUCAGCCGCCAAGGAGGCCGCUCCCACAGGGCAGCCACGCUCUGCCUUCGACCGCUACGCUGACGCCGGCACGGUGGAGGGGCUGCUCCGCCACCACUGCGUCGCUUGCAUCCACCACAUCCUGGGCUGCAUGCGUGAGGAGCUCCAGAGCGCUCAGAGCUUGCUGGGGGGGCAGGAUGAUGCUCCCAGCGAUGCCAGACUCAACGCUGUUCUCUUCAUGGCGAGACUCUGCCAGUCCCUGACCGAGCUCUGCCCUCACCUGAAGCGCUGUAUCCUGGGCCGGUCGGGCAGCGUGGAGAUGGCGCCGAAGGAAACACGUUCUGCCAAGAAACUGGGCAAGGGGAAAGUGGCCCCAGAAGUGACCCCCGUGCAGGCCAAGUGGCAGGGGGUGAAGGCAGAGCUCCUGCAGCAGAGCCUGUUUGCUUAUCAGAUCUGGAGCUCGGCCGUUACCAAAGGUGUGGUUCAGUGCUUUACCCGCACGUUGCUGCUCGACACAGCUGGCUCUGUCUUGGCUGCAGCCACCAACUGGGAUGAAAUUGAAAUUCAGGAGGAGACAGAGUCUGGAAACAGCGUCACGUCAAAGAUCCGGCUGCCUGUGCAGCCGUCGUGGUACGUCCAGUGCCUCCUCUUCAGCCUGUGCCAAGAGGUGAACCGGGUCGGUGGCCACACUCUUCCAAAAGUCACCUUGCAGGAGCUGCUGAGGACCUGCAUGGCAGAAGUGCUGGCUGCCUACAAAAAGCUCAUGGAAGAGAAGCAGGAGAAGAAAGCUGGCACCUUCCCCAUGACCCAGAACAGAGCUCUGCAGCUGCUCUACGAUCUGUGGUACCUGAGUAUCAUCUUGACAGCGAAGAGCGAGGAAGCAAAAACCAGCAGGAUCAAGCACGACUCUGGGAUCGAGGCGGUGACCGACUUCCUGGAGGGGCACAUAGAUCCCUUUGACUUGGAUGUUUUCACUCCGCACUUGAACAGCAACCUUAAUCGCCUGGUUCAGCGAACCUCUGUUCUCUUCGGGUUGCUGACUGGGACAGAGAACCAGUACCCGGGCCGGAGCGGCGCUCUCAGUUCCCAGGAGCUCCACAACAUCCUGCCGUUAGCGUCCAGCCAGAUCAGAUUUGGCCUUCUGCCGCUGAGUAUGUCGAGUUCGCGGAAGAGCAAGUCUGCUCCCAGGAGCACAGAAAGAGCUCAGGUUCCACCUCCUGCCCUCCCAAGAAUGGACGACGAGGCGUCGCGCCCUGGCUCUUUGUUCAGGCAGCUCGUAACCGAGGAGGAAGACACAGCUGCCCCUUCUCUCUUCAAGCUGGGGUGGCUUUCUGGCAUGACCAAGUGAUGCAAUAAAAAAAAUAAGAAGUUUGUCUGUGUACUUGUCUUCACAGAGAUCGCUCUCCUCUCCUUGCUACGGCAGAAUUGCUUUUCCAUUCUUUGCCAGAUCCCACGUGCCGCUUGAACCAGGCACAGGGCAGAUUGUCCUUGCCCUCUGGCUGCUGAACAGAGGUGCAGCUUAUCUUUCACCCCUUAUUCCUUAAAAGUUGUUAACUAUAAAGUCAAAUUGAAGAAAAAAAACAACAAAACAAUCUACACACUUAACAGAAAACACAUUUCACAGCUCGAAAGGGGCAGUGGAGCACUGUAGGCUGCCUCUCUCAUUCCAAAGCCCCUCCCCAGGCCCCACAGCUCUGCUCUGGGUGAACCCAGCAGGCACCUGAUGUUUCAGCUACAGCUGUCUCAGCUUUCCUGGUUCUCCUUUCACAAUUUUUUUUUUUUUUUCAGUGCUGCAGCAGUAAAGAUCAAGAUAAGGCCUAAGCUGGGUGGAAAGUUCACAGCUGGGGCAGUCCUAAGGGAUUCCAGUGCCAGCACCUCUUCUGUCUCAUUAACUCUACAGGCUCAAAAAAAGUAUGUUGCCAAAUAAAUUUUUUACUAGUUUAUUGAAAUUAAAAAAAGACUUAUAAAACUGAAGAUGAAUGUUUGAGAGAACUUUACAUAAAGCAACAAAUUGCUAACAAACAGAUUAGGCAGUCGAUUGGAAUUGGACAUUUUGCAACCCUAUAACACAGAUGUGGAUUCCUCAGUCUCCUCUUGCCACGUACUUUGUAACCACCCCAAAAAGAAUCCUAUAAAAAUUGCUUCAAAGCCCCUUUUGCAUUGCAAUAGUGCAGCAAACCACAAGUAAACAAUUUCCUGUUAACCUGUUAUUUCAAAUAUAGACUGAAAAGGCAACAGGCGUUUUGUGCAAUUCCAUUUUAACGAACUUUUAAGUUGAAAUAUCAAAUCUACACAGUGCUGUCCCUUCACAGAAGGCAGGGAACUGCUGGUUCAUCAUGUGGGAAGGCGUCCCCGGCUCUGUAAGCUGUGAAAGUGUGCCUCCUUCAGGAUCUGGUUGAUGUGGAAGUAAGGACCUUGGCUUAGUGCAGACUGCUCAUGGAAGGACUGAGAGGAGACAGGGCUGGAUCCCGCAAUUAUGGGGUUUAGGCUGGUUUCUGCACCGCAUGCUCUGUCAGGGCUGUUGAUGCUACUGCUACUACAGCUGCUGCUGCUGCUGCUGCCGCUAUCGCUGCUGGAGGACUGAGACAAAGAGAAGGUUAACAGCAAAAUCACACAGCUCGCUCUCCUGUCCUUAACAAAACGCCUCAGGUAAGCAAACAAUCCUUACAGCAAGUCCCUCCCUUCCAGAUUUGCAGGCUCACACGUUCAGCCUGAUGGACUAAGGUAAAUCCACCAAGUGCUCUCUUGGCAUUCACAGCUUCCGUUAUUGCCAACACAGGAGAAGCGUCACCGAGCUGAAGGGAGGAGCAAGCCUUCACCCGGAGGGUCACCGACCUCCAGCACAGUGGAUUUCAAUCUCUUGGUUUUAGGCCCACCAGCUCUGCCCCCAUGACCCACGUUAGCACUAGUGAAGUUUGCUGAAUUCAUCCGAGAAUUGGAAAAUAAAGAACAUUCCUGCUGAACUGCACAGGUCAGUAAAGGCAGGCAGGGCACAAGGAAAAGUUUAUCGCUUCUGUUCUAGCAGACAUUUUAGGUAAGCACCAUGCAAAGCAUUUUCCUACAAGUCAAAUCUUUCUAAAAUGAGAUCUGAAGCAUCCAAAGCAACAGGCUGUUAAAAUCAAAUGCCGCACAAUACCCAUUUUAAGUCUUUGAACACCUUGACAUAUAUACAUCUACUCUUCUCCCAGUUAAGCACUGGGACAGCAAUGUUAACUGGAAGCUUUUCAUAACAAUUUACUCGACACAACAGUGAAAGAGCGACAGGCAUCAAAGACUUCCACAUGCAGGAAAGAGAACUCAUGAUUUAGCUCACAGGACAGGGCUUAUUUGCCAGCAUUUAGGAUAAACACAUUUCACGGUAAUGACUGGAAGAGCAUUAGCCAUCAUUUUCAGUGUUUCAAAGACAUAAAACUGUUUGGUUUACCCCAUUUUAAGUGCUGCUAAUGAAAGGUUCCAUCAGUUACAGCUGAAAUAUUUCAUUGCUGUGUGAUAUGCUGUUCAGGACAACACUACAAAUAUUUAGGUGCUUAAGAAUGAGAGAACAGCUACUUUGCCAUCCCAUAAGAAGUUAAUUCACAGAAGCAGCCAGCGUAAGUGACAGCAGCUAAAAAAAAAAAACAAAAAACCAAAAACCACCCACAUUUUUGUUAAGUAUUAAACCAAAACCACAGAAGUCAAAGCUUGGUGGCCACAGCAGAGGCAGACAAAUUUAAAGACGUCCUCAGUAAUUUAACAGUCAGCACCGCAUUCAGAAGGCCCCACUUUGGGGUAAAUCUGAAAAAUGGUGCAAACUGCACCCGACAUAUCUGUCAGUGAGCAGCGAGCAAGGCCCAGGAAGGCACUGUGUGAGUAUUUGAGGUGGGCCACAUCUCAGUGCCGACUGGAAACCCCACGGCACUGAUUCCACAAUCGAUAGCGACAAUUUAACCACGUAAAAUUCCCUGGUUUUGCUAAGCACCAAAAAUGCUUCAGUUCUGUUGUAGUACAGCAAGCAAGACAAUGGCACCAAGGUUGCACCGGCGUGUUAGGUUCAGCUAGCGAGGAGAAAACAACACCACACACGUGAGUGAAGUCGUUCUCGAGGAAGCAGCAGAUGUAACUACAUGAGCUACCAGCUCCUCAUCCUAAUGCUAAAGAGGGAGAGAAACACCAGAAGGACAGAGAGGAGCCACGAAAUGGUGCUUGCUAGACCAUCUCAGUUUGCAUAGAAGCACAAAGAUUGAAAUGCAAUGCUGUUACGCUGAACAAAUCACAGCAGCCUUGGAGAGAAACCCACCGCACAGGACACUUUGUUUCCUUUUAGUCUGUGUUCCUUAUUGUUUUUCGUUACAGCCACCUUCUGAAAAUCAAGGUAAAAAUCGAAAUGAGAACCUAGUAUUACGUACUGCUAAAGUUUCACAUCUUAACAAACAUUUUAGAGCUGUUAGUAAUGAUUAUUUUAUGCAUGUCUAAUUUUUUAAAAACCGAGAUAGUGUCCUGGGACGUGCUUCAUACAUCUAAGGCUGUUGACAGAUCUGGUUUGUCAGACCCUCUUUAUUUCCAUUUCUCUAAUGCAAAAAUUCACUAGCACGUGAAGCCCGUUUAUUGCCCAAAUCACGUCAAAGACCUACCAUUUCCCCAGGCUGUGGUGCACAUUCUGUUAGGCAUUUGGACUACAAUUAGACAAAAAAAGAAUCCUUAAAGUCAUCAUGUCAGCAAUGACAGGCAUCUACACAAUGAAACAAAGUUUUAAGCAAAAGGGCAAAGGAAAGUAGCCCAACAAAAGUUUAAGUAUCAAAAGGGCCGUCUUCAAGGUUUACCCAACCCAUCAGCCCCUCUUAACAUCACACCGAGCAGCUUUAGAAAUUUUAAAUCAUUUCCAAACAAAUGUCCCAUUAAACGUAUUCAUCGGAUGAUCUGUGAUACGGCACCUCAAUCACUCAUGACAGGAACUUAAGAAACAGCCAUUCAGACUCUGCUGUUCUCAAAAAUCUUUCAAGAUGGGUUUAACAGAGACGUUACCUGGGUUUAGCUAGAAUUUAAGACCAGCUCGUCCUCAAUAGUGCAAUACUGCAGAGCGGCAUAGCUGCAGUGCUAGACAAAAACUUUUGAGAAGCAACUGCUGCCAUGCCUCGGCAAUCUCCACCAGUACGACAGUGGUACCUCUAAUCUCUGGGGAAUCCUGCCAUCGGCCAGAGUAACAAAGAGGAACUACAAGAAAUUAGGUUUUACAGAAGUUAUUCAGGAAGGAAGAGAGUUACCCAGAACACUGCAGACUCUCUUCCUUCCCAGGGAAAAUCAGAGCAAAGGGCUUUUCAUCGAUUCCCCGGGUUGCAGAACACAACUGCAGCUUCUCCCAGUUUCCGUGAGCAGCCGCUUGCAGUCGGCCCUCGGAGGAUACACCUCAAUUCUGCCUGACUUGAGGCUGAAUUUAUAACCAAGUACCAGGGAAAACAACCCAGCGAGCCUCCUGGUAAACGGAGGAGAGGCUGAACAGGAAGUGAAACAGAGUGGCACAGCUCUGCUUUGCUAAUCUUUAAGGUUGUCUGUAGUUCUAGUCUAGCGUGUUGGUCGUGUGCCUGCUCACGGACUGAACUGCAAAGCAGAAGUUUACUGUCGUCCUCGGGGUGGCUGUCACCCAGGAGUGUGGGUUUGUUCCACGAAGAGCAGGAAUUGCACAUCCUUAUAGCAAUGUGCCAGAAAGCAGUGCUGACAGAGACUGAAUAAUCUCAGGUUCCCUCCUGUCAAAGUCGGAGUCAAGGCUGCUGUCUACCCUGGAUGAGAGAGCAAUCUAGUGGGAGAAAACAGCCAGAUCCUUUUGCAUGGAAUCUAGCUCACCUCAGCAGUAAGAUUCAAAGUGAGGGUCUGUGGAGUAACAUCACAGAACAGCCCACAUUUGAACUGCCACUAAGAAGAAAAAAAUUAAAUCUCCCUUCCUCUUACACACAUUGCUGUCAGCUCUGAAGAGUAAGAGAAAAAAAAAUGGAAAGAGAUCCUGACAAAAGCCAAGUCCAGUUUUAGCAAUAGGGCUGCCUGAUUUUCCUAGUGAGGUUAUGUCCUCAUGCAAACCACACUCUGUAAGAGAAAACAGUCCAUUUGCAAGUAAAGGAAGGCAAAAGGAAUCGGUACUUUAGCUAAUGUUUCACAAAAAGCAGGUGAGCAUACGCCUGCAGAUGAAAAGCAAGUCUCUUCUCACAGACCCUUUGAAGUUACAAAUUGCUCCUACACACAGACUCUCUCCCUGUUCAAUAUCCUAAAGCUAAUGAGGAUUUUUAAUCAGCCAGAGCUGCCUUUGCAAAUGGCAAAUUAUCAGGAGACUAAAUAAUAUUACAAAUGGCCAAGAAUUUCAAAGUGACAUCAAUCGGAAGCACUUGUGCAUUAUAAGCACAAGAAUUUCCCCAUUUGGCACAGGAAGUCCUUAAAGAAACAUUCGAGUAAUACUGAUUUAAUCUCACGGCUUGAAUUUCUGGGCAUGCUCAAUUCGGUGAUCCUACAUUACGAGAAAACAAGCACACACACACACA